GCACAUGGUAUCCGGUAGCACCUCUGCUGUUUCCGGUGAGCUAACUGACACCGUUUGUGCUCUGAGCAAUUUAGCUAUUUAGUUAUUCUUUGUUAAUUAAGCUAUAUUACAUUUAUAUCCACAUACACCUAUAUUAAUUCACUGAGAAAAGGUCAACAUGGCGGAGGCCAUCCAGAAGAAGCUGCACUCGGAGAUGGAGAAGUACACACAGAUGCAGAAAGAUGUCAGCAAGAGCAUGUCAGCCCGGCAGAAGCUGGAGGCGCAGCUCACAGAGAACAACAUCGUCAAAGAGGAGCUGGGUCUGCUGGAGAGCACAAACACAGUGUAUAAGCUCAUCGGUCCUGUUCUAGUGAAGCAAGACCUGGAUGAGGCCAAGGCCACGGUGACCAAAAGACUAGAGUACAUCAAUGGAGAGAUUCAGAGGUAUGAGACGCUUUUGAAGGAGAUGGAGAAGAAAUCUGAACAGCAUCGAGAAGUCUUGUCCAGUCUACAGCAGGAGUACCAGAGAGCUCAAGGCCUCACUGUGGGCAAAGUCUGACCAGAUGACACUGCACACACCCACGCUCGCUUGCUCUCUCUCUCUCUCUCACACAUACACACACAAAGACAGCUUGGCAGAUAUAGAAAGGGAGUUGAUCUCAUGUGGUGAUAUAAAACAGAUUCAGUUCUGCUCGCAUCUUGUUGUUUAUCGACAGCAGUGUUUAGUGUUACUGUGACUUUUCUGUUGUAACUAAUAAACUUUUUUUCAUGAAAAGUCA